AUGUCAGGCAGGAGCUUAAUUAGUCCCUUGAGGCGCGCAUGCCGCAGUCAACGGUUAUUAAACAAUGCCUCGAAUUCCAGUCCUCGAGCUGUGUCGACCCGGGCAAUAUCAUCGUUACACGCCACGAGACAGCUAGUCCCACGAACGAGACCUCUUUUUGUAGCUGGCCAACGACGCUCGAUAUCUGCAGGCGCACGAGGACGAUAUGCUGACGUAGAAGAUACUUUCGAUCCUUCCACUGUCGAACGAGAAUCCGAUGAAGUCGAUGUUUGCAUUGUUGGAGGUGGCCCUGCUGGACUCAGUGCCGCUAUAAGAUUGAAGCAGCUUGCGAAUGAAGAUGGGAAUGAAGAUUUCCGUGUCGUUGUGCUGGAGAAGGGCAGUGAGAUCGGUGCGCAUAUUCUUUCAGGAAACGUCCUGGAGCCACGAGCUAUUGAAGAGUUGCUACCUAAUUGGAUGGACGAAUUGAACGAAUCUCGCUUUGAACAUGGCACCCCAGCUACCAAGGACAAGAUGCGCUUCCUUACCAAAACGAGUGCUAUACCCAUCCCAGCUCCACCCCAGAUGCACAACAAAGGAAAUUACAUCAUAUCACUGUCACAAUUCGUCAAGUGGUUGGGAGAGCGUGCAGAAGAGCAUGGAGUGGAGGUAUACCCUGGUUUUGCUGGAGCCCGCCUCCUUUACAACAAUGAUGGCUCGGUCUCGGGCGUUGGUACAGGUGACCAGGGUAUCGGCAAAGAUGGAAAGCCUAAGGACAGCUUUGAGCCAGGUAUGAACUUUCAUGCCAAGGUCACUUUGCUCGCUGAAGGCUGUCACGGCAGUUUGGCUAAGGAGGUGUCCAAGAAAUACCAAUUACGACGUGACUGUCAGCCUCAAACAUAUGGUCUUGGCUUGAAAGAAGUGUGGGAAGUGCAGCCCGAGAAAUUCAAGAAGGGUGAAGUUUCACACUCGCUAGGCUAUCCAUUCACGAAGGAUGUGUACGGUGGUGGCUGGAUGUACCACUAUGGCGACAACCUAGUAUCUAUAGGCCUGGUCAUUGGACUUGAUUAUGCAAACCCCUGGAUCGCACCAUAUGGAGAAUUCCAAAAGAUGAAGCUACACCCGAUGUACAAAUCUGUUAUCGAGGGUGGGAAAUGCCUUGCUUAUGGUGCCCGAGCUCUCAACGAAGGAGGCUUUCAAUCAAUACCAAAGUGUGCCUUUCCAGGCGGAGCCUUGAUUGGAGAUACUGCAGGAUUCUUGAAUGUGCCGAAGAUCAAAGGAACCCACACCAGCAUGAAGUCGGGCAUGCUCGCCGCCGAGUCGGCCUACGGCGCGAUUCAGAACAACAAAGAAGCCAGCAGUGUUUUCCUCUACGAAUACGAAGAUAAACUCCGAAACAGCUGGAUCUGGCCUGAGCUCAAAGAAGUGCGAAACAUGCGUCCUUCUUUUCACAGUCCCCUCGGUAUUUACGGCGGCAUCAUGUAUAGUGGUCUCGAAGCCUUCGUCUUCCGUGGCAAGCUACCUUUCACAUUCAACCACAAAUGCGAGGACUAUGAAACAACGAAACCCGCCGACCAAUUCCAGAAAAUCGAGUAUCCCAAACCAGAUAACGAGAUCACUUUCGACAUUCUCACCUCAGUCAACAGAACGGGUACUUACCACGAAGACGACGAGCCAUCUCAUCUAGUUCCAGCAGCUGGUCUUGACGGCCAUGCCGAGAAAGACUAUCCGCUGUACAAGGGUAUCGAGAACCGCUUCUGCCCUGCAGGAGUGUAUGAAUACCCAGAAGACGAUUCGAAAGAUCUAGGAGUGCGUUUCCAGAUCAAUUCGCAAAAUUGUAUACAUUGCAAGACUUGCUCUAUCAAAGACCCGAGUCAGGAUAUCACCUGGAAGACACCUCAAGGUGGUGGUGGACUGCACGCUACGCCAUACAACUCACAUUCUCUCCAAGACUUCGAAGUCAUUGAUACCGAUGUUCAACCUCCAGACGAUGCCACAGAAGCCGUUCCCGAUGGCGGAUACGGUUGGACGGUCGUCUUCGCCUGCGCCGCUUUCAUCUUCUGGACCAAUGGCUUCAUGACAGCCUGGGGUGUUUUGCAAACAGCCAUGCUUCGCCAGGCACACCUGAAAGUCUCAACAGCCACCAUUACCUUUGUCGGCAGUCUGGCGUUAAGCUGCAUGGUUGGCUUUGGCAUACCUUCUGUCCGGCUCUUCGGUCUCAUUGGUGUGAGAAAUGCCUGCUUCCUUGCUGUGGUACUUCUGAGCUCGAGCCCGAUCCUUACUAGUUUCACGCUGGACAAUAUUGGCGGGCUCUUCUGUACCGCGGGUUUGUUGUUUGGCAUUGGAUCAUCCAUACUCUAUACCGCAACCAAUAGCCUGCCAAUCCAGUGGUUUAGCGGUAAACUUGGGAGGGCGAACGGGUACAUCAAGGCAGGUGGCGGUAUUGGUGCAACUGUUCUGCCAAUCGCAGCUCAAGCUCUCAUUGACGCUGUUGGACUUGCUUGGGCUUUUCGUACAUUUGGGUUUCUCAUGCUAGCGACAAUACUGCCCUCGGUGUUUCUGUUGCGAGAGCGAGCCCCCACACUUCAACGAUCAACUCGAUUGAUGGACCUGUCCAUGUUCAAGAAUGCUACCUUCGUUGCUCUUUGCGUGUCAGGCGCCAUAAGCAUCUUUGCGUUCUUCGUUCCACCGUUCUUUCUGCCGCUCUUUUCGUCGUCGAUUGGCCUGUCUCCUGGCACGGGAGCUGGACUAGUCGCACUCUUUGGCGCUGCUACAACAGUAGGACGAAUUGUGUCUGGCUUCGCAUGCGACAGUCUUGGGCCUUUCAAUACACUAGCCAUCACAUUACUCACCAAUGCAUUCAGCAUGCUGGCGAUAUGGCCUGUCAGCACGUCUCUGGCGCCUCUGAUUGUCUUUGCGGCGAUCAACGGCUGCGCGAAUGGGUCUUUCUUUGUAGCUCUGCCCACAGCAAUAACGUCGUUAGUCGGGCCGGGGUUUGCUUCUGGCGCAAUGAGUCUCGGUACCUCUUUCUGGACACCAGGUUACCUUCUUGGGACGCCUUUAGCUGGUGUGUUGAUCUCUUCGACAGGUGCUGCUGAAUCUUCCUCGAUCGAACCCUACCGAGCAGCUAUAUUUUAUGCCGGGGGCAUGGCACUUGGAGGUGGACUUGCUGCGAUUACAGCACGCUUGAAGAUAGAUAUGAAGGUGAUCAAAAAACUGUAA